CGCUGCAGUUGGUCAAUAGUGCGCAUGCGCAGUGCUGUUGUUGUUGACAGUGGCGGCAAGAUGGCGGCGAUCGGAGAUGCUUCAGGCCCGGGGCUGAAUGGGUUAAUUCAGCAGUUCACUGCCAUUACCGGAGCCACUGAGAGCGUGGGGAGACACAUGCUGGAGGCGUGUAACAACAACCUGGAGAUGGCUGUCACCAUGUUUCUGGAUGGCGGAGGAGUCCCUGAGGAGCCGAGCACCAGCACCAGUUCAGCCACAGCUUCGGGGAGCAGAUGCCAUUCAGAAGACGAAGUCCGAGCGCCGAUCCCUCAGAAACAGGAGAUCCUGGUGGAACCGGAGCCGCUUUUUGGAGUACCGAAGAGACGGAGACCGGCUCGCUCCAUCUUCGACGGCUUUCGGGAUUUCCAGACAGAAACCAGUCCAGUCAGACAAGAGCAGGAGCUAAGGAACGGAGGAGCGAUGGAUAAAAAGCUGAGCACUCUGGCCGAUCUGUUCCGACCCCCGAUCGAGCUCAUGCACAAAGGCAGCUUCGAGACCGCCAAGAACUGCGGUCAGUUGGAGAACAAGUGGUUGAUGAUAAACAUCCAGAACGUUCAGGAUUUCUCCUGCCAGUGUUUAAACCGAGACGUGUGGAGUAACGAGGCGGUGAAAGCCAUCAUCAGAGAACACUUCAUCUUCUGGCAGGUUUACCAUGACAGUGAAGAGGGACAGCGCUACAUUCAGUUCUACAAACUCAACAAAUUCCCUUACAUCUCCAUCCUGGACCCUCGUACAGGUCAGAAGAUGGUGGAGUGGAAUCAGCUGGACGUUUCCUCAUUCCUGGAUCAAGUGACUGGUUUUUUAACGGAACACGGCCAGUUAGAUGGACUUUCCAGUCAACCUCCAGCCAAACGCGCUCGCUCUGAGAGUUUGAUUGACGCGAGUGAGGACAGUCAGCUGGAGGCUGCCAUCAGAGCAUCUCUACAGGAAACACACUAUGACUCGAAGCAGGAGAAAGUGGAGUCAGAAAACGACUCGGACGCCGAGGCCUUCUCGGACAGCGAGGGCAUGAUCUCAGUGGACGGUUCAGACAGCGACGGAGGAGGGAAAGACUCCAUAGACGGAAACUCGUUGUUAGAACAGGCCCCGCCCAAUUCCUCAGAUAGUCCUGCCCAGAACAGGAAGUCUCCGCACAAAGAGUCCAACCACAGAAAAGAAGAGAGCAAGAAAAACCACGUGGAGCCUCCACUUCGGCCGAGCCUCAAUCCCACAGAGUCACAACAACAACCACAGCAACAACGUCAUCACGACCAAAGUCACAAAAUCACAUCAUCCCAAAGCACACAGCCUGAAGAUAAUGGUCCGAAGGCUCGCCUGAUGCUGAGAUACCCCGAUGGUAGGAGGGAACAGAUUGCCUUGUCUGCUAAUGCUAAGCUCAUGGCUCUGGUGAGACACGUUCAGUCAAACGGAUAUCCGAACGAGCGUUUUGAACUGGUCACUAACUUCCCUCGACGGAAGCUGGCUCAUUUGGACUAUGACAUCACGCUACAGGAGGCGGGGCUUUGCCCUCAGGAGACUGUGUUUGUGCAGGAGAGGAACUAACCCCGUCCUCUCCGUUUUUGUUCGUUUUCAUACUUGUCCCUCAUCCGUCGUUCUCUGCGGAGCCAGAGUGGACCGCGUUCCCUAGAAACGGACCAGGCCUUCAUAUUUAUUUGUGAAUUUCUCGGCGCAUCUCCGCUCCUCCGGCUCUUUUACAGUUCUCCACAUCAUAAUCGUGGAAUAAUCCGAGAUAAGAUCCCAGUCGGGUUUUGGACUUCAGAUCACUUAAUCAGCUGCUUUAAAAGAAAUCCAAUCAUUUAUUUCUGUGAGGAUUUAAAACCUGAACUCUGUCCAGACGCUGGGUGACGUGCCCUUGUCCACUUCCCCUCGCUCCGGUCAUCUCGUGGCCUUAUCAAGUGCUCAAGUGAAGUUCAGCAAAAAAGUUAACGUGAGCAAUAAAAUCUGCCACAGAACUCUUCACACUGUUCUCGGUAUUACUCCCGAUCAUCUUCAUCCUCAUCCUUAUCGUCAUGCACGCACUUCUCACCGUCUGAAUUACGCUCUCUGCUAGCGCGGUAGCUAGGUAACUAGCAUGCUAGCUAUUGAGCCCAGAUGGUUUCAUUCAGCAGCUAGUUUGUGAGUUAAACACUUUUUGUACGUAGAUUAAAUAAAGAACGAAAGCCAGAUCGGCUCCGAUAAACAUCUCCGGGUCACGUGCUGGACUGGCGGCACUGUCGGCUCUCCGAGGGGAAGUCGGGCGAAGGUGAGCGUUCCAGUGGCUCUCGCGGAUCCGCGGUGGACCUUCCGACUCGUCCAGAGAGGAAUGGAGCGAGGGAUCUUCAGCACGGAGCAGCCAGGGUGUGGGACGUUACAUUUAUAGUGAAAUUUCUGUCUCUUUUUUUAUAUGCUGCAUCAUUUCCACAAAAAAAUGUUGAUUCUCAAAUAUAACCAUGA